UCCCACAAGUGGGUACAGAAGUGCCUGUGAGUCUUACUGGACCUCAAGCUCUUCUUGCAGCGGAGUGAACGGAGCAGUCAGCAGACAUUAUGGACUCCCCCUCAGCUGGCACUUGCAGAAAAUUUGUCCUCUGGCACGGGCUACUGCUGACUGUUUCACUUGUAACCUUCUGGAGCCCGCCCACCUCUGCUCAACUCGCUAUUGUGUCAACCGCUGCUGCCGAAGGCGCAGAUGUGCUUCUGCGCAUGCGCGACAAGCCUCCGAAUGCGAAUAUCAUCAUUUGGUACAAAGGACGAGGGGCGAACCCGAAUCGUUAUAUCGCAGCUAUUGUAACGUACAAAAAAGAACUGGGAAAGGGGCCUGAAUUUAGCGGUCGAGAAAUAAUAGACAACGAAGGAUCCAGGCUGAUUAAGAAGGUCACCUUAAAGCAUGCAGGAUACUACACUGUCGUCGUGCAUCUUCAAAAUCGUAUAAAAGAAAUAGGAUUUGGUCGCCUCCGUGUGUUUGAGCCUGUGAUAAUGGCCAUCCUUGUAGCCAGCAACACCACAGCCACUAAGAAUAAGGAUGCCGUGGUCUUGACCUGCUACACAAAGGGAAUCUCCAUACAGUGGUUCUUCAAUGGCAUGAAUCUGCGACUUACAGAGAGGAUGAAGCUGUCCUGGCAAAGCAGAACCCUUACCAGAAACCCUGUCAGAAGAGAAGAUGCUGGAAAUUAUCAGUGUGAGGCCUCAAACCCUAUCACUUUUGCUUAUAGUGUGCCCCUCCAGCUGAAUGUAAAAUAUGAGUAACUCUCCUCUUUCUCUCUCUGUUUUUAAAGUCUGAAUAAAAUAUUCUGCAUCUUUUAAAUAGAUUUCUUGUGAAGGUGGAGAGAUUCUAGAAGACUUGCAUUAAGUCAAUAAGUGCUGAAAAAUGUGAA